CUCUUCGCUUUCGACUUCCGAGACAGAAAAGAGAGAGAGAAAAAAAGAAGAAUUCUUCUUGUAAAAGCUUUUGCCUUUUAGAGGAAAGAACAGUGCCAGAUCUUAGAAGGAUCCAAAGACCCAUUAGGAGGAAAAAAGCAAAAAAAGCUUUUAACAAGUCAAUAAAAUCUUUAUUUUUAUUUAUUACCCACAAGACAACAAACUUGCAUUCCAACAAAUCUCACUUCUUCUUUCCUCUUCUUCUUCUUCUACUUCUUCUUUCUCUCUUGUUUUUAUUUGGCUUUGACUUUCACUGUCUCUUUGUCUUCAUGUCCGUCUGUUUCUGAGGUUUUUGUGAGAUGACUCACGUGUUGUUGGUACGAAGAGAGAGACAUGGAAAGAACAGAAGAUGGGACAAGAACUUGAUCAUGUGUUUCUUCUUCUUAUUCUUCUUCUUCAGUUUUCAGAUAGGUUUGUCUUCGUCAGCUUCUGUUGGUUAUUCUCGUCGUCACUUCGUCGCGUUUCCACCGCCGAGAAAGGCUCUGAGCUACAGUACUACGGCGACGUUUCGUGGGCCAUUGAACAGAGAUAACAUUUAUGGAGACGACAAGAGAGUAGUUCACACGGGUCCCAAUCCUCUCCACAACUAACUUUUACGCGUUGCUAUUAUUAUCACUUACCCCCUUCUUCACCCCCACCCACCUACAAGGGCUACAUCGCAAAAACGUAAGACGCAAACGUGGAACGCCGAUCGCGAUCCGAAGGUACUGGCUUGUUAUGUAAAAUCGAGUUUGUUAUAGAAUUUUGUAAGUUGGAAUCCUAUUUUUUUGUUUUUUUUUUUUCGUGGAGCACAGAAACGAUUAUAUUUUAGCUUUUAGGGUAGGAUUUGGUUCGGCUAUAUUGAACUCUUUUAAUGUUAGUCUUAAGAAUUUAAAGAUUAUACACCACUUUUGCCUAAAAACUAAAGGAGAUUACUAAAGAGCAAAUUCUGAAUUGGUUAUAAGUGUCGCAAUGGUUACAAUGUUGUUGUGUUUAAUUCCUUUUCAAGAAAUGUGAGAUUAUAUGGAUAUAGUGAUUGAAAUAUAAGGUGCCCUAUAUAAUUUCA